CGAACUUUGUCUAACCCGAAGACUUGCUUGUUGUUGCUAUUAGUAACGUCAAGCGCUUUACCUAUUUCCUGCUUUAUUUCGUGCUGUUUACCUGUUUUCAUCAACCAGUGCAGUAAAGGUCAGAUUGUUGUGACAGGUGUUUUAGACAGGUGAUCAUAUGUGUUAAUUGAUCAAUUGAUGCACAGUAAAUAGUGAUGAACAUUUAUCUGGCAAUGGAACUGACAUAGAAUCUAUCAACAUGAUAAAUAUUAAACUUGUGAUAUGGUGGAAACUCAUAUGAUGAAAGAAGUUUCUAACAAUAAUCAGUCUGAGAUGUUAAAUGGAGAAGCUGCCAACCCAGCAGAAGAGCCAAAAGAACCUCAGACUUCCGAGGAGGAACAGCCUAGACAGAGAAAAUCUACUCCUUACGAACGCCUUUCAUUUGAUUUAACAAAUGAUCAAAGAUGCUUGAAAGAAAUAACUUUAGGAAAAAGGAUUGGGUUUUACAGAAUUCGUGGAGAAUUAGGGAGUGGGAACUUUUCUCAAGUUAAAAUGGGAAUCCAUGCACUAGUCAAAGAAAAAGUUGCAAUAAAAAUAAUAGAUAAAACAAAGCUGGAUCAGAAAACACAGAGACUUCUUUCUCGUGAAAUAUCAAGCAUGGAAAGACUACAUCACCCAAAUAUUAUACGUUUAUACGAAGUUGUUGAGACAUUAGCAAAAAUGCACAUUGUAAUGGAAUAUGCAGGAGGAGGGGAACUCUUUAAUAAGAUAUCAAAUGAUGGAAAGAUGGCAGAAUCAGAGGCUAAAAGUAUUAUGGCUCAAGUUGUAGCAGGAGUUAAUCAUAUGCACAGAUACCAUAUAAUUCACAGAGAUCUUAAGGCAGAAAAUGUGUUCUACGCAGGACCAAAUAUUGUUAAAAUUGGAGACUUUGGUUUUAGUACAAUAAGUCGUGUAGAUCAAACACUCAACACAUUCUGUGGUUCACCUCCAUACGCAGCUCCAGAAUUAUUUAAAGAUGAGAAUUAUUAUGGAAUCUAUGUGGAUAUUUGGGCUUUAGGAAUAAUGUUAUAUUUUAUGGUGACUGGUAUUAUGCCAUUCCGUGCAGAAACUGUUGCUAAAUUGAAAAAGUGUAUUUUGGAUGGUGCUUAUACAAUACCUUCAUAUGUAUCUACUACUUGUCAGUUUCUUAUUAAAAGUAUUCUGAAACCAAUUCCACAGGAUAGAUUUACACUUGAACAAAUGGAAAAGAGUGAAUGGUUGGAAGGUUGUGAAUUCCCAGAAGAAUUAGAGCCUUAUAAUCUUAAUCCAAACCAUAAUAACGGUGAACUAUCAACAGAAGAAAAAGAAACUCGGCAAAUUUUGUUAGAUUUAGGAAUUAGCGAUGACCAUUUUAAAUCAGGACAUAGAGAUUCUCGCAGCAGUAUCACCGGUGCCUACAGAAUAAUACUACACCGAGUACAGAAGAAAAGUCAUGGUAUGCUGGAGUCUGAAGAGUCACAACAAAAACUGAAUCAGAGUGUUAAUGCUCCAGCCCCAACACAACAGAAACAAUCCAAACUAUGUGUUAUAUUAUGAUGAUUGUCACCAUUAGUUUAGUAGAUAGUUUAUUUCUCGUGUCACCAUGUGGCAUGUAAUGAAGUAAAAAACAUGAAACUGCCAAAACUUCUGAGUUCUACUGUAUUUGUGAUCAGUAUUAGUUUUUGUUUGGCUCUUCUGAGAUCAGUAUUUUCAUGAAAGGGAUAAGCUUUUGAGGUUUAAAUUAUUCAUGAAAAUUGAUUAGUUUAUAGCAUAAAAUGGAAAAAAAUAAUUCAUGGUAAAUUGAAUUUCUUCCUUUUAGGAAUUGUUAUUCCUUUUUGAAUUAUACAAAAUGAUGAUUAAAUUUGAAUUAUACAAAAUGAUGAUUAAAUUUGCAUUAUAACUUGCAAAUUCUGUAAUAUAAAAGAUUUUAAAAUAUUUUAAGAGGAAAGAGGAAGAAGUCCCAGGAAAAUGGGAAAUCAUUACAAAUACACAGGAGAUAUAUAAGUAAACAAAUCUACUGACAAUUGCGAGCAAGGAUCGGUUGUGAAGAACAAUGAUCAUGUUAUUUUAUAUAAACAAAUCUUAUGCAUGUAAUAGUAAGUCUUAUAUAGCAUUAGCUUUUGACUAGAAUUGAUCUACAGAUUUGCUGAGUAAAAAAUAAGUGGUUAAAAUAUUGAUUAUAAUGAAAUAAAAUUCUAUUGAAAGUGCUAAGAUUCUCAUGUUAUACUGAGCUGCUCUUAAGGACCAGAAAUUC